AAUUGCAUUGUUUUUCAUUUGUUUUAUGUAAUUAAUAAAAAAUAAAUAAAAAUGUCGGAAAAUAGUAAAAAUUUACGACGUUCAUCAAGAAUAAAGGCAUACAAAAGUGAGCAUGGAAACAUUCAGAAAACUAAACAAGUACAACAAGAUGUGUCAAUUAACCCCUCAAUAGAUCAAGAAAACAUUUUAAAAGAUAUUAGUGAAAAUAUACAAAAACCAACAGAAUUAUUUAGUGAAAAUGAUGUUAAUGGUAAGAAUAUGUAUCGGUUUCAAACACCUAAGAGAAAUAGUAUGGUACAAAAAGCACAAUUGUCUCUUAUGUCAUCCACAGAAAAAAAAUCUCAGAUAGCCAAAGUUAAAACUAGCAAAACUGCUAGUGCAAAACGUAAUACUAAUAAUAAAUCAAUCAACAAUAGGAAAAGUUAUUCUAAACCAGAUGAAGAAGUAAUAAUAUCAAGCGAUGAGGAAAGUGUGUCAGAAGAAAGCAUUUAUAUACCUUCAGAAGAUGAAAUAGUAUUAGAUUCAGAUCUUGAAGAAGUCAGUGAUUAUUGUAACACAAGUUACGAGGACAUUUAUAUCAAAAAAUCUCAUUUAAAAGCUAUGCAACAUAGAACCAAACUACAAUCUAAACUAAUUAGUACUCCAAAGAGAUCACAGACUAAAAAUAAAACUCCUUGCAAAGAUUACUAUAUGAGAACUGAUGAAUAUUUUGAGAAUCAAUCACAUAAAGCUAUUACGUCCAAUCACACGCUUGCUCGUCUUCGCAAUUCUCGUUUUACUCGAGAUAAAUUGCAAGAAUUAUUGGCUAAUCAGGAUCAUAUUACUGAAACACAUAAGAAACUUAUUUAUUCACUUUCAAAAGAUUAUCAUGAUUUCUUUCCUAUGUGGUAUUUUAUUAUGGAAGAAGGAUAUACUCUGUUGCUGUAUGGUUUGGGAUCGAAAAGGAAUUUAAUCAACGAUUUUCAUAAUCAAUUUAUUUCUAAUCAUCCAACUUUAGUAGUCGAUGGCUUUUUUCCUAGUUUAACGAUCAAAGAUAUUAUCGAUAGUAUAAUAAUAGAUUUAUUGGAAUUGAGUGUGCCAACUGGUAUAACAGAAUGCAUCGAACUUAUUACCAAUGUAUUAAAGAAGAAUCCAAAAGACAGAUUAUAUUUAUUAAUUCAUAAUAUAGAUGGUAUAAUGCUGCGCUCUAACAAAGCCCAAGAUGCACUUUCAACUCUUGCAAGAAUACCUAAUUUUUGUAUAAUGGCAUCCAUCGAUCAUAUAAAUGCACCACUUUUGUGGGAUCAUACGAAGCAUUCAAAGUUCAAUUUUUAUUGGUGGGAUACUACGACACUUUUGCCAUAUGAAGCUGAAACUUCGUAUGAAAGUUCUUUAUUAAUACAACACAGUGGAACACUUGCUUUAUCAUCACUCAUCAAUGUGUUCCAGUCUUUAACAUCAAAUGCUCGAGCAAUGUAUAAACUUUUAAUAGAACAUCAAUUGGAUAAUAGUAAUAAUAGUGAUUUUUCAGGAAUGGCAUUUAAGGAUUUAUAUCGAAUAGCACGAGAAAAUUUUCUUGUGAGUACCGAUUUAGCUCUGAGAGCACAACUAACAGAAUUCAUAGAUCACAAAUUAGUACGAACUAAACGUAACAAGGAUGGUACGGAAUGUUUGACAAUUCCAUUAAGUAAUAAUUUAUUGAAACAAUUCCUUGAACAAAACAAAACUUAAUAUUUUACUGUAUAUAUUUAUUUUUAUAUAGUAUAAUAUAAAUAAAAAAGAAAAGCAUAUAAAAUAAGUUAGGAUAAGAACAAUUAGAAAUUAACAACAACAACCAACAACAAAAAACAUGAUAUAUUGUACAAAUAUGAAACGUGAUUACGAUGUGUGUAAUGUGUGCACUGCAUCGAAUCACGUGAUAAAAUUAAAUCCGUGAUGAAUGAUAUUUUGAAUAAUAUAAU